CAAGAGGCGUCCUUCCUGCCGUGCGCCAGGGCUGUGAGCCGGUCUUGAGUAGCUCGAGGAGUGAGAUGGCUGAUACUAGUGCGAGCGGAGCGGCGGGAUCCGAGGCCGGGAAGGCCCCGGUAGCGCAGCGCAUUGAUCCGGCGCGAGAGAAGCUGAGCCCGGCCCAGCUGCGUUUCAUGCGGCAGGUGGAGCUCUCCCAGUGGCAGAAAACGCUUCCGCAGCGGCGGGGCCGGAACAUCCUGACCGGCCUGAGCAUCGGGGCCCUGGUGUUGGCCAUUUAUGGCUAUACAUUCUACUCAGUGUCCCAAGAGCGGUUCCUGGAUGACUUGGAAGACCAGGCCAAAGCUGCUAGAGUGAAAGCUGCUGGCACGAACAGCCCCUAAACCCCAAGUGGGUGCUCAAACUCUCUCCACCCUGGAUGGAACUUCUUCAAAAUGAGGAUGGAUGCCUCCACUUUCUGUACUUCCCCUCCCCUCCAGGAAAAAGACUCCUACUGGGAUAAGUAAUGUUUUGGCCAGCCUGACCUUGAGAUGUUGUUUGGUUAUGGAGUCCCACCCUACUUUGGGAAUUGUGUAUCCAGCCAGUUUGAUGGGAACACCUAUUUCUUCUCCCCCCCCCCAAAAAAAGAAAUUGAGCCUUUGUCACAAUAGGGAGGAGGCAUAACUAUGUCACCCUCAGCUUUUUCAGUAGCACCUUAUUCCUGUCGUCGUGCUGCUUCCUACUGUAGAGAUUUAAAGCCAUUGUCGAGGGGCAAGUAUGGUACCACUUCUCUUUGUUGAAAUCUGAUGUGGCAGUGAUGGUGGUCAGGUUGAGGGCUGAUUCACAAUAAAGUGAAUCACCUGUUCUAGA